AAGACCCGUUUCUCAACAUUCUUUCUAGGUGCACAAGACCGCCAGUUACAGAAAGUCAUUCAAAGUGGCUUCACCAACCCAAAGAUGGCAGUGCUGAGCCUUAUGCUGAAGUGAUGUCAGAGAAGCGAAGAAAGAAAUCUGCCUCUGUGAUGAGUCUCUCGGAGGAACAGAGUGAAAAACCCGGCUCGCCUGUAUUCAGUUCUGUGUCUCUGAAGAGUGAUAAAUCGAAAGGUGAUGUACCGAACUUCAGUGAGGAAACACCAUCAGCUACCAAAAGUGAAAGAGCAGAUUCACCUGUAUUCAGUUCUGUGUCUAUGAAGAGUGAUAAAUCGAAAGGUGAUGUACCGAACUUCAGUGAGGAAACACCAUCAGCUACCAAAAGUGAAAAACCCGGCUCACCUGUAUUCAGUUCUGUGUCUCUGAAGAGUGAUCAAUCGAAAGGUGAUGGACUGUACUUCAGUGGGGAAACACCAUCAGCUACCAAAAGUGAAAAACCCGGCUCACCUGUAUUCAGUUCUGUGUCUCUGAAGAGUGAUCAAUCGAAAGGUGAUGGACUGUACUUCAGUGGGGAAACACCAUCAGCUACCAAAAGUGAAAAACCCGGCUCACCUGUAUUCAGUUCUGUGUCUCUGAAGAGUGAUCAAUCGAAAGGUGAUGGACUGUACUUCAGUGGGGAAACACCAUCAGCUACCAAAAGCAUUGUGUCUGUGAAGAGUGAUCAUUCGAAAGGUGAUGUACCGAACUUCAGUGAGGAAACACCAUCAGCUACCAAAAGUGUUGUGUCUGUGAAGAGUGAUCAUUCGAAAGGGGAUGUACCGAACUUCAGUGAGGAAACACCAUCAGCUACCAAAAGACCAGGCUCUCAUGUAUCCAACUAUUCGUGUGUGAAGAGUGAGCAUUCCAAAGGUGACGUACCAAACUUCAGUGAGCAAGGAGACACCCAGAGAUAG